GACGCAACGAAGACCAAAGUUGAAUUAUUUUUGUUCGCCUUUCUUUAACAUGACAUACUGAGUAAAUGACUUGCAGAUGAUAAUUCCCAUACACUAUGAAUAAAGCUUCCAACAAAUCUCAAGAUCCUCGCAUGAGAGAUGCUGGGAAAUCCUUUAGAAAAUGGAAGAAAAAGUCCAACAGAAAAGAUGACAAAUCCAUGAUGCAGGCAGAAGUAAAAUAUUACAAGGAUAAAGAUAUGACAGUUCAAGAUCAAGAUGGAUCAUCUGUGACACGAAACCGUUUGACAAUAUAUCAGGGUAUAUAUGGCCAUGGUUGUGCUUCUGGUGCAGUUUGCAGAGAAAUUGGGUUUACCAAGGAAGGCAAAGCUCGAGCAGAAGCUGAUCUCUGUCGUAUUAUUGACCUAGCAAGAAAUGGAUCUGUUAUUAACCAGAGCAGGAGAAUGUCGACAACUGAAGUUACUCCUCAACGUUCUUUUGCAGUUAAGGAUAGAGUAACUCAAGAGGAAGUUGGCUCUAAAGCUGGUAAUAUGGUAAACCUUUGUUGCACAGAAAAUUAUAUGUAUAACCACCAGAUACAUCUUGCAUGACA